AAGUUUGCUUUUCGCUUUUCUCUUAAAAGUUUUGGUAGAAUAGCACCAACUGAAAUGUAAGCGAGAAGAGAGGCAGCCCUAGAUGCCUUUGAGGAAUUCCACCUUCAACUCCUCUCGUGCAGAGAAAACUUCAACCAUGGCUGUUUCCGCUAUCAGGAAUUGGUGGAAUACCCACCAGUUGGACAAAUCAGACAACAAUGACUCCAACACUGAGGAAGACGAGGACGAAUUAGCAGGGAGGAGACAGUUAUCUAUAAACCUAAGUCAGACUCUGCGGACGAAGCAGCUGCUCAUAGACUUUGAUGGUGGCCGGCCUAUUUUAAGUCUCAGGGCACCACUGGACUUGGUGAACUUCCCAUCUAUCUUGUGCCCCCGUUGGCCCAUAGAGUGUGAGGUCAUCACCGACAUCAUCCAUCAUAUAGAGUGGGACCCCCCAGAGCCAGAGCCUUUCUACCAGCCCACAGGACAUGAGAGGACCCCCAUGCCAGCAGGAGAGGAGAGGGGGAAAGUGGUGUACUGCAUUGACCACGCUGCUAAGCGUCCCUACUUUACCUGCUCCCGUGUUGGUGGAAGCAGGGGACCCAUUAAGAGCGCCACUCCUUAUGACAAUCAGACCGACUUCACACUUGAGUUUGAGUCACGCUUUGAGAGUGGGAACCUUCAGAAGGCUGUGCAAGUUGGUGUUUAUGAUUAUGAGCUCACUCUGCGCACAGACUUGUACACCAGAAAGCACACACAGUGGUUUUACUUCAGGGUCCGGAACAUGAAGGCUGGAGUGAGCUACCGCUUCACUAUCAUCAACUUAAUGAAGAGCAGCAGCCUGUAUUCUCUGGGUAUGAGACCCCUCAUCUACUCUGAGAGGGCUGCCAUUGAGAAAGGUGUUGGAUGGCAACGCACUGGCUCCAACAUCAGAUACUACCGCAACUGCAGUCAGAAUACAAAGGACAACAACGGCGACCCAAUCGCCCUGUACUCACUCACUUGGACUCUCCAGUUCCCUUACGACUCAGACACUUGCUACCUGGCCCACUGCUACCCCUACACCUAUUCCCACCUGCAGCGCUACCUCAGGCGCAUUUCCUCUAACCCAGCAGUUGCAUCAUACUGUACACUGCGGGUGCUGUGCCACAGCCUUGCAGGGAAUGCCGUGUAUGUGAUGACGAUAACAUCAAGGGGUGUCAGCGGGCUGGAGGGCAGGACCAAAAAGGCUGUCGUGGUGACGGCCCGAGUGCACCCUGGGGAAACCAACGGGUCCUGGAUGAUGGAGGGGUUCCUGGACUUUCUGCUCGGGGACACAGAGGAUGCUCAGCUCCUCAGGGACACUUUUGUUUUUAAGGUGGUGCCCAUGCUUAACCCAGAUGGUGUGGUAGUGGGCAAUUACCGCUGCUCUCUGGCAGGCAGGGACCUCAACAGAAACUACAAGACAUUGCUCAGGGAUUCCUUCCCCUGUGUGUGGCACACCCGAAACAUGGUGGAAAGGUUAUUGGCUGAGACGGAUGUCAUUCUUUACUGUGACUUUCAUGGCCACAACCGUAAAAACAAUGUCUUCAUGUAUGGCUGUAACAACCGAGGUGAUGCUUCGCUGAAGCUUCAUGAGAGAGUCUUCCCACUGAUGAUGAGCAAGAAUGCCAGUAACAAGUUCUCCUUUAAGAGCUGUAAGUUUCGGGUGCAGAAGAGCAAAGAGGGAACAGGACGUAUCGCCAUGUGGAGACUUGGCGUCAAAAACAGCUACACUAUGGAGGCCACCUUUGGAGGAUCCACUCUGGGCGACAGGAGAGGAACACAUUUUACUACGCGAGACCUGAAGUCCCUGGGCUUUUACUUUUGUGACACACUGCUGGACUACUGUGACCCAGAUCCAACAAAGACCACUUACUGUCUGACAGAGCUGGCAGCGCUGUUGAGAAAGGAGGUCACAGAGAGGCUGGGCAAAGAUUUGGGCAUUGACUGUAACUUCUCUGUGUCUGACCUGGAAACCAGCACCAGUGGUUCAAAUAGUUCAGAUUCAGACGGACUCCCAGUUCAUUUGCUGAACCAGCCACAAACAGAGCAAACUCCAGUCAAGAAAAAAAAUAAACGUUUGAAGAGUUGUAAAGAGAGGAACAGGCUGCGACCAGACAGAGUAAAUAACUCACAGCCAAAGGUCCUGCAAAGCAGCAUAAAAAAUAUAGAGUCCAGUCUGUCCCAUGAGGUCACAGUUACAGAGAGCAUCCAAGAGAGGCCUGUCGGAAGAUACAGGAAAAAAUGGCAGGUAAAUGGCCUGUUAAGAAGAGCUGUGAUCCCUCCUCCCACCACUCACGCUGGGGAGGUCAGUCAGGUGACUCUGUGGCAGGGCUGCGAGCCUGUCAAGGAUGACAGAAACAUGAAAGCUGCAUGCCCACAUCAUAGGAUAAAAGCUUGUUCACAUCUCAGCACAGACACAGCUGUGUCACCUCACACAGAUGACCUGGGGAUGUAUUCCGGACAGUGGAGAUGCUCUUCUCAGCUGCUGCACCUGAGCGCUCUCCUUCCACCUUCUCCAAAUUUCAUACAUUCAAACCAGCAACAGCAUCGCUGCCCCCAGCAAUCCAGUGUCUCCUUUAAAGUCUACAGAGGGCUGCCUCCUUCCCUUACAGCGCCCAACAGGUCUCCCUCAACAAUGUGCAUCAGGAUGGGCCCAGACAUAGGUCCAACAAAGCGCUUGCUGUCAACUUUCACCACUGACAAGUUGAACUCCCGGCAUAUUUUUAGAGACAGAAACUCUUUACAGGUCUCAGAACGUUACUUUUUGCCUGAGGAUACCUCCAUUGCUCACAGAGACAUAAACAAGACCAAACGGCAGAAUGAGGAACAGAAAGAAGAGUCCUCAGAAGUGUGUUUGUUGCCGCUGAGAUGUAUGCCAUUUGGAGAGCAGAACCAGAGAGACAUCAGCCCUGACAUCCCCGGGAAAGAAACUAAAUCACGCAGCAACUUAUUUGUUCCUGUUCUGAGGGACACAGACCCAAGGGGAAAACAACAAUGCAAAGAAACUUUGGACAAAAGGCACAUGGGUGUUUUAUCCCCGGUGUCAAAGCCUUUCAGUCUCAUGAAGAUGGAACUUCCACGUCCACAGAGUGACAACCUUGGUAGGCUUCAGGCUAAGGACAUCGGACACUAUCACUCUGGCAGAGGAAGACAAAACAGUACGGCGAUGCUCACAAGGUCACCACAGUCUGCCCCACUGUAGGGUGUAAUAUUUAUAAUCAGCAACUGCAGAUUAAUAUUCUCUCUAUUGUCUGGCCGGUGAUGUGAACCUCAGAUAUGCUGGGAUAAAAUUGCUCUGUUUAUGAUCUUUUUCAUACAGAUAUCAUGAUGAAGGACAAACUUGUGUCAAACAGAUAAAAAGAAAGGUCAUCUUUGUUUAUUGUUUAAUGAAAGGCCCCUUUUUAAUUUUGAUAAAAUUGAUAUCAACUCAAUAAAAACACCAUAAUGUUAACAAAGUUCCUGCAGUCUGUUUUCUGCAGUGCUGAUAUGUCUGACA